UGAUAAACACAUUCGAAAAAAAUUGAGUUUUGAAAAAGUUUUUUUGUAAAAUUUUCAAUAAAGCAGGAAAAUGGAAAGCAGCGAAAAUGAUGUUAGACUAUCUCGAGCGAUCCUAGAAAUGAAAUUCAUGAAGAAAACCAAAGAAAAGGUCGAGAAAGAAAUUGAUGAUGAAGAAGGUAGAAGUAUGUAUUCCAAUGAAAUAACAGAUGAAAUGAGAAAGUCGGGAAACCUUGUAUUUGUGUCGACUAGUAUAGUAAAUUGUAAGAACCUAAUUGACGGUAGACUAUCAUUUGGAGGAAAGAAUCCUGAUAUUGAGAAGUUAAUGGCCAGUAACUACACAAAGCUACUUGAAGAACAAGAACAGAAAAAGGAAAAAGAUGUUUCAGAUGCUGAUAUGGCAAAGGGAUAUUCAACCCUAGUUAAAACGAUAGGAAAGAAAUUUAAUAAAGACAAGAAGAAAAAGAAAAAGUUUGCAAAACCAUCAACAGAGGAAAAUUUGAUUUAAUAUGUAUUAAGUGAUAGUGUUUAAAUAAAAGUUGUUUUAUUUUUU